UGCAACUUCCCGUUUUCUCUGCGACCAUAGAGAAUACGCCAAUGGAUGAGCCGCUAAAGGCGCUGAGCGACAAGGAUUUAUCAAUCUCGACGCUUCAAGAAAAGGGCCGGUGUCUUGUGACAACUCGUGAUUUCUCCCCAGGGGAAGUGAUUUUAAGAGAAACUCCAUAUGUAUCGGUUCCGACCAAGAACAAAGAAUCCCCUAAAUCCAAGUGCGAGUGGUGUUUCACUUCAAGAAACCUAAAGAGAUGCUCAGCCUGCCAUUUAGUAUGGUAUUGCAGCAGCAAGUGUCAGAAAGCGGACUGGAAGUUUCAUUCUGUGGAAUGUGAGAUUUUGCCCAGUCAUGAGAAGAAUCGAAUCACCCCAUCAAUCCGAUUGAUGGUACGGCUCUAUAUGCGGCGGAAGCUAGAAAUUUCGAAGAUUAUGCCGACUACCGCCAUGGAGGAUUACAAGUUUGUAGAUGCCAUGGUUUCUCAUUACUCCGAUAUUGGUGAGGAAAAACUUGUGCUGUAUGCCCAGAUGGCUAACCUUGUCAGUUUGAUACUUCUCCGGUGGCCUGUUUCUAACUUGGAUAUCAAAGGAAUUGCAGAAACUUUUUCCAAGCUAGCAUGUAAUGCACAUACUAUUUGCGACAGUGAGCUGAGACCCCUCGGAACUGGGCUGUUCCCAUUUAUUUCUCUCAUAAAUCACAGCUGUUUGCCAAAUGCUGUUCUUGUGUUUGAGGGGAGAUCUGCUGUGGUACGAGCUAUUCAGCAUAUUCCAGAAGGUUCUGAGGUAAUCUUCGACCACAUAUUGCCUGCUGGAAAAUGGAGUAUUUCCACUAUGUUGAAACUUUCUAUUCACCAUUUUCUUCUGCAGGUGUUGAUCAGUUACAUAGACAUAGCUGGAAGUACUAUUACACGGAAAAAGGCUCUCAAAGAGCAAUACUACUUCGAUUGUGGUUGCAUCCGCUGCUUAAAACUGGGAGAGCCUGAAGAUAUGCAAGAAAGUGCGAUGCUGGAAGGCUAUAGGUGCAAGAAUGAAAAAUGCGAUGGAGUUACCCUGCGCGACUCUGAUAAUAAGGGAUUCGUAUGCCAAAAGUGUGGACUUUCUAGGGACAUGGAAGAAAUAAAGAACAUAGCUAAGGAAAUCGAAUUACGAUCAGAAAAAACUUCGGAGUUGCUCUACUCUGGUCGUAACCUUGAGGCAAUUGCGUCUUACAUGGUAUUCGAGGACUUACAGGUUCAACUAUGCCAUCCGUUUUCAAUCAAUCUCAUGCGAACCCGAGAGACCCUUCUGAGGAUGUUCAUGGAGAAGCAGGAUUGGGAACAAGCACUUGAAUACUGCAGACUGACGAUUCCGGUUUAUGAGAAAGCGUAUCCGAGCUGCCAUCCCUUGCUGGGACUGCAAUAUUACAUGUGUGGGAAACUUGAGUGGGCGAUGCUGGACGCGGAAGGUGCAGCGAGAUCACUGACGAAGGCUUUAGAUGUACUCCGAAUCACUCAUGGCGCGAGGUCGGGGUUCGUUAUGGAGCUCCAUGCUCAGUUGGAGGAAGCUCGGGCUGAGGCUUCUUACAACACUCACCAACACCAUCAAGACUGAAUUUUUACUCACACAAUUUGCCUGCUUUUUCAGCUUUUCAGUUUAAUAAAAUUGUUGUGUUUUGUUGUCCUUGAAACUCAUCUCAUAUGUUAAAUAGAUUUUUCUUUGGAAGUUGAA